AUGGAUUCGAUUUUGGAGGUACAACGUCGCUUACAUGAAGAGAAAGAUCGUCUUGUCGAUAGCAUGACCAAAGAAUUGCUUUAUGAGCGAAAAUCUCAUAAAGAGAAAAUUAAUGGCGAUCAUAGACUGAAAAAUCUUAUAGAUAGAUAUCAUGAAGCUACCAAAAAAUUGCGACUUUUGUAUGAGGAUGAGGAAAAAUUACGCGAGAAAGAAAUUCGAGCAAUAGCUGGUCCCAACGAAUUUGCAGAGUUUUAUUCAAGACUAAAAUCCUUAAAGGAUGCUCAUCGCAGGAAUCCGGACGAGACCGCUGUACCAUUGAGCUUGGAAUUUCACAGAAUGAAUGAAGCAAUAGGGAACGCUGAAAUAGCUGAGAAGGAUGUUGUGGAAUUUAGAGAUGAAGAGGGUUAUGGUCGUUUUCUUGAUUUGCAUGCUAUCCAUGGGAAAUAUCUCAAUGUAAAAGGAAUUAAGAAACUGGAUUAUAUAGCAUUUUUGAACCAUUAUGAUCGUUUUGCGGAAAUACCUAUAUCUUCGAAGAAAACUGGCUCAUAUCGAGAUUAUCUUUUUUGUUUAAAGGAUUAUUUGGUUGAUUUUUUAGCACGUACUCGACCCAUUCUUGAUGUUGAAGAUGAACUAAGUCGUAUUGAUGAAGAAUUUUAUAAAAAAUGGGACGAAGGUGUGGUCCCAGGAUGGGGAAAGGAACAACAUGGAGCGUUAAUACAUGGUGGGGCUUUUCUCGACUUAUCUUCAUUUGAGUCUGCUUCUGAUUUAGCAGCUUUGGGUCUCGAUCGCUUAAAAUCAGCUCUCAUCGCUCUUGGUCUUAAAUGUGGAGGAACACUGCAAGAACGUGCGGAAAGACUAUUCGCUACAAAAGGUCAUAAACUAAGUGAUUUAGAAAUUGGGGCGUUAGCAAAGAAGAAAGAUGCAGAUUUAAAAGAGCAAAAGAAAUUACGAGAAACUGCUCGCCUAGAGGCUCACAUCCAGAAAUUGUCCUCAUUCUUGAAUGAUGAAAGAGAUGCAACAAAAGAAAACAUUGAACGAAAACAAGCAAGAGGGGCAGCGGAAAAUUUAGAUGAUGAACAAGAUAUAAGUGAAGGGUCUGAUGAAGAUGAAGAUGACAGUAUUCCUUAUAAUCCCAAAAAUCUACCUCUUGGCUGGGAUGGAAAACCCAUACCUUAUUGGUUAUAUAAGCUGCAUGGAUUAAAUAUUUCAUAUCCUUGUGAGAUUUGUGGAAAUCAGAUUUACAAAGGCCCAAAAGCAUUCCAGCGUCAUUUCAACGAGUGGCGUCAUUCACAUGGAAUGCGAUGCUUGGGCAUCCCAAAUACAGCACAUUUUGCUAAUAUUACCAAAAUCAAAGAUGCUGUUGAUCUUUGGGGUAAAAUAAGGCGUCAGAAAGAGUCCUUAAAGUGGAAUCCGGAGCAUGAUGAAGAAUUCGAAGAUAGUGAUGGUAAUGUAGUCAAUAAGCGAACUUUUGAAGAUCUCAAACGGCAAGGCUUACUUUAG